AGUGAGAGGCCGCCCCCGCCGCCAGGACUCCCCGGGCUUCGGCGAUGGGCGCUCGGUGACCCGCGGCGCCGCGACUCGUGGACCCGGUACUUCGGGAGGCGACGCCGGCUCGACUCUGAGUGGCUUGGGGACAGCGAAAGAAACCUUAACAUGGAGGAUUUUGCCGCCAGGACCUACGGCACCGGUGGCCUGGACCACAGACCUCUGUUCGGAGAGACGUCGGCCAAGGAUCGGAUCAUCAAUUUAGUUGUCGGCAGCUUAACAUCUUUAUUGAUUCUAGUAACGCUGAUCAGUGCUUUUGUUUUCCCACAACUACCUCCAAAACCACUGAAUAUAUUUUUUGCUGUCUGCAUCUCUUUGAGUAGUAUUACUGCCUGCAUACUUAUCUACUGGUAUCGACAAGGAGACUUAGAACCGAAAUUUAGAAACCUAAUUUACUAUAUCUUAUUUUCUAUCGUCAUGUUAUGUAUAUGUGCGAAUUUGUACUUCCAUGAUGUGGGAAAGUGAGGCUGCCAAGGAGAAAUACUUACCAGGGCUCUUCAAAGCUAUAUAUUUGGACUUGAAUAAGGGCUGGAUAAGGUAUGCUGAAGAACCUCCUGCAUAAGUCUGAUACAUGAUUUUCAUGUUAAUUGUAAAUCUAAAUUCCCUCUUGCAGGGGAGACAUAUCCUAGAUCACUUUGCUUUUUCUUUAAGGAGCUGAUGUUGCACUUAAACAUUCCCCCUUAAAGCUCA